AUGGUUGAGGAAAGUUCCAGGGUUCUGAUUGUUCUCCCUUAUACACCGCCAAGCGCUACUUUACAGAGAAUCAUAGGACAAACUAUUCCGCUCUUGAGGGAAUGUCAAAGUCAACUAGACAUCGUGGUUAUACCUGAAUUCAAAACCUCAUUCCAGUUGGAUUCUGCUCUAGGGAAGAUGUACAGUGUCACCAGAGAUGUCUUUUUGAGCUAUGGGAUGAUCAAUACCGGGAUCAACAUUAUAUUCAACAAUAGCCAUUUCGUCGAGAGUAAUUUGCAAUGGAAAGUGGUUUUAUUGCCACAGGAAACCACGUUCGAGACUUGGAAGCUAGAGCUAGGACGCGAACAAUACCGCAGUUUAGAACAUUAUGCACUACACGAUAAUAUUAUGGAGGAGAUAAAAGGUCCUAAGGAUGCUAAUAAAUUUCAUGUAACCGCAUUGGGCGGAACGUUUGACCACAUUCACGAUGGACAUAAGAUAUUGUUGAGCGUAUCUACCUUCAUUACGUCACAAAGGUUAAUCUGCGGGAUUACGUGCGAUGAACUCUUGCACAACAAGAAAUACAAGGAGUUGAUUGAGCCUUAUGAUACAAGAUGUAGACAUGUACAUCAAUUCAUCAAGCUAUUGAAGCCAGACAUCUCCGUAGAACUAGUCCCCUUAAGAGACGUGUGCGGGCCCACCGGGAAAGUACCUGAGAUAGAAUGUUUAGUUGUGAGCAGGGAAACCGUCAGUGGGGCAGAGACUGUGAAUAAGACUAGGAUUGAAAAGGGCAUGAGCCCAUUGGCAGUACAUGUAGUUAAUGUGCUUGGAGGAAGGGAGGAAGACGGCUGGAGCGAGAAGUUGAGCAGCACAGAAAUCAGACGCCUUCUUCAGUCCUCUAUUUCCUCGAACUAG